AUGAUACCAAGCAACCACCACACUUUCCAAGAUGAUCAUCAAAACAACAAUUCUUUUGAACGACUGGAAGAAACUGAAAAUCGGCAACAAAUAACAUCCUAUGUCGAGGAGUGCAUGGUUCGGAUCAAUCAAUUACCAGUACAAGACUCUCGGGAUAUAUUUGCUCUCAUUCAUCCGAGAGUAAAGGCCUGUAUUCUUUCAUGGACCAUACUCUCAUUCGAAAAUACGUCGGAACGAAGAGAGAAUAUUUAUAAAUUAUCAUUUGUUUGUAGAGAAUGGAGACAGCUCUUGAAGGAUCUUGUUAGAUAUAAAUAUUUAGAUUUUAACGUGCAUUCGACCACAAUUUUGGGAAAUAUGUUUGAUGGGUUCAAGAUUGUUCCACUAAAAGCAAUUCGACAACGAUACAUUAUUAUUGGAAAUGAGGAAAAUCGACGAGUUGGAUAUUUUCAAUCAGCAUUGGCCAGCUUUGGCUUGCCGCCUGCAGAAUGUGUGACAUGGGAGACACUUGUUUCUACAGGAAUAGUGAACCCCAUUACUCAUCAAAUCAAUGUUGUUGACAAUAAUGAAAUUGCUCAAGUAGAUUGGGCUGCGUUAAUCGAUAAGAUCAAAAGAAAAUACAAAAGGAGGACAAGCCAAGAUUUAAGAACAGAGGAUAUUCUGGUUCGAGUAGACUCUCCAGGCGAAAACUUUUUUGUAGAGAAAGGACUGUUUUCUCUUGGCUGUCAAGCAAUGAACAAUGAAACCUUAGGUACUAGAAUAUCAGAAUAUGAUAUUAAUAAUACUCUUGUUUUUGAUUUGGGGCAAGUGAGAUAUGUUAAACAAUGGUAUUUGGGAUUUGUCAAUGCUCUUAAUCAGAUUUAUUCUGCACUCAAACAGCAAGGUAUUAUCAAUUUCAAUGCAACUGCUGAGGAAAUUGCCAUCACUUUUGAUAAGCGAUUGUGUCAUCAACUUCUUUCCAAGCAUGGAAUUCCUGUUCCGAGAGCAUUCUAUAAUAUCACUACCUAUGACGAAUUACUAACGGUAACUAGAGAGCAUUCCAUGAAUAGAGUUUUUGUCAAACUGGCUCACGGUAGCAGCGCCAGUGGAGUCAUUGCAUAUUGCUACAUGGAGCAACAAUUGAUGGAAAAUUCCCCUCCUGUACUUAAAGAAUUGGCAACAACAAGUGCUGAAUUAAUAAGAGAUCGAAACUUUCCACAAUUCUUUAAGAUAUACAACUCUCUUCGCAUCAGAAGAUACAAUAGAGCUGAAGAUAUUCGAGAGGUCAUUAAUUUUGUAUGUGGUGAGGGUGUAAUUGUUGAAGAGUGGUUGGAAAAGGCAAAUUAUAUGGGACGGGGUAACUUUGAUUUGCGAAUCGUAGUGAUUGGAGGAAAAAUUAUGAAUUUUGUGGUGAGAACAUCAAAGAGUCCAAUGACUAAUCUCCAUCUUGGAAAUAGGAGAGGUGAAUGUGAUGAAUUUUUACGUUUAAUUGAGUAUAAGGCCCCCGGUUCAUGGGAGCGAAUCAAAGAAACAUGCCACAAAAUUCACACUCUAUGCUUACCCAAUGCGUUGUGUUUAGGCGUUGAUGUCAUGCUGUCUGAAGAUUUCCAAGAGCAUUAUAUUUUGGAAGUGAAUGGUUUUGGAGAUUUGAUUCCACGAGUGUACUAUGAUAAUUAUGACACAUAUCAAAAUCAAGUUCGAGAGGCGUUGGAAAAGUCACUCUUUGUGUGGAAUUAA